UUCUUCUAAAACAAUUGUUAUUAUUAAUAUGCUUCGUAUAAUUGGAAUUUUAUUUCAAGUAUAUUUGACAGAAUAGCCAAUUCUACCUUUGACUAUCCACAUCACAAAAUUCCGUUAUAAUGUUUGAAUUUUUUAUUCCUUUUUUUCCAUUCCCUAAAUACUGUAAAUAUACAUACAUCGUAUUUGACAACAGGAGCAUAUUCAGUUCACGCAUGCUUGUUAACUGACCUUAUUUCAAGUAUGAUAUGCUGUACAUGGAGAAACGACCGGAGUAGGUGCCAUUGAACGUGAAUUGUUCAUGUAUUGGUAAUAAUGGGCAAAGCUUUCGCUUUUUUCGUUCGAAGAAAACUCAGAUUUUAAGCUUAUACCCGCUGCGAAUGAAUCCGAUGUAUGUCGCAAUGAAUACUAGUCGAGAUGCAGAUCUAUUAGUCUACACAUCAUAAACGUAUUUUAUCUAGUAGACAAACUUUUCAAAGAAGUGUUCCGUUAUGAUGGGUCCAGUGUACAAAAAUGAAUGAAAAACCAGUUUAAUGGAGAAUAUUUUAAACAAAUCGAUUGAAAUAAGCAACCACUCUAAUAGGAUACAAUGUGAAAACAGAUUCCAAAAAUACAUCAAAGCCUUGCAUCGUGAGUGUUUAUUUUGGAUUGAAAGAGAAGAAAAAGGGCUACUUGGAUACUUUUACUGAAGUUUGGUGGGAUAUUUAAAAGUUCAGAACAAAAACAAUGCAUGUCUCGAAAUUAUUCAUCAAAUGUGUAUACUCAUACCUGAUUUGGAUCAAUUUAUUGAAUGUGACAUUUACAUUAACGACAAACUCCAAUUUUAAUGAUGACAUAAGACAACAUGUGACCGAAACAAAUACUGGGAAAAAUCAGUACAAUUUUGCAGAUAUAUUUUCCACGAUAGCACCGACUGCGACUCCUUCAGAAGAUGCUCUUGAAAUAAAUACUAAUAUUUCGUUCACUAAAACCGUCACGGAAACGUACGAUGGGGAACUUUUGGGCACAGCCGCUGCAUACAAGCUAGACAUAAGAGAACCAUUAAUCGGAUGUUCACUUUCGGAAUAUGCUUGCACUAAUGGCAAAUGCAUACCAGCCUCAAAAUUCUGUGACCGAGUCAAUGAUUGUGAUGAUAACUCAGAUGAACCAAGGUUCUGCACACGUUGCAAUCGCACUUAUUACGGAAAUUUGGGAAUGACAAACACUAUAGAGCUUAUUCGACCCAAAGAUGAUCGAUUGCCAUUCAUAUGUGAAUUGAACUUUACAGCUGCUGGCGGAAGUCAUGGCGACAUUGUUCAGAUAACAAUCGAUGGUUUUUCGGUUGGAAGAUUUUGUUCAUAUGUAAUGGAAGGAUGUCCGGAUGGUUUUCUGCAAAUAUCAGAAGCAUCUCGUACAUCAGUUGGUGGCAUGUGGUGUGGUACUAUGGACGAAGGACCCGUCAUUUUUUACAGUGAAACACGUACAUUAAUUAUGAUUUUAAAAAUAUUACGCCCGUCAAAAAGCAAUGGAUAUAAUUUUGAUUUUCGCAUAUCUUACAAAGUUUUAUCUCGAGAAAAUGCAGUCGUUCGUUUUGGUGGGGCUCCGGAAAAUAUGAAAAAUGCUAGCCGUAGUAGUACAAGUUACUACAACAAGAAUAUCUUCAAAGACAAUGAACCCAAUGAAGAAGAUAACUGGGUAAUGACAACUCGAACUGUUAGUCAAAACCAAGUCAAAAACAACGCUUCUUCAAGCACUUCGUCCAAACGUAAUAAGGACAGAAAAAAAGACAGAGAAAAAGAUAGAGAUAAAGACAGAGAGAGAGAUCGAGACCGAGACCGCACAAAAGAAAAAGAGAAGGAUAGAGAAAAUAAUCAGAACCGAAAAACUCUUCAUCAAAAUGUCCAUUACGAUGACUUUGAUUAUCCUUCAAUCAACAAUAAUAAUAAGAUGAAUAAUAAAAUCAAUCAUGAGAACAUUAACAUCAACAACAACAACAACCAUCACAGCCAUAACAUACAUUUUAAUACAGAUGAAAGAAAUUCCGAUAAAAUUGGUAUCAAACAAUCAAAAGGAUUUAUACUGAAUAAGCCUCAUGGAGUAUGGCCGAUCCACUCAAACAAAGGCGUCAACGGCUAUUAUGGGAAUAAAACUGAGCCAAAAUAUUAUUUAGGAACCCUGAUAUCCGGUACGCAUUGUUCCCGAAUCUUCAGUGAUUGUGACAAAAAGGCUUGCCGUUUACAAUCUCCAAAUUACCCAGGCGUUUAUCCGAGAAAUUUAACCUGUUAUUAUGCAAUACGUCAGCAUGAUGUGCCUGCUGGAAAACAUGCAUUAAUAACAGUUCGUCAACCAAAGGGUGAUUUGAUGUGGAUUCAAACAUCAGCAUCGACAGCAGCCAACAAGCAGAAAAAUGACAGAGAAAAAGUUGAACCUCGACUUACAACGUGGGACGAUUGUGAUAUAGUACAGGACUUUAUCACUUUAUAUGAUGGAUAUACAACAAGAGACCCCGUGAUUCUCAAGUUUUGUGGUGGUGGGGGCAAUGGUUUAGCGUCAGCAACUUCUAGUGGACCUGAGUUAUUGAUUGAAUUUGUAACUUCGCCAUUUGGAACGCUCACAUCAUCUCCAGUACAAUCCCGAACCCUCAAUGGUUUUCAUUUGGAGAUUUCAGUUGAAUUUGUCGAUACACAGAGCUAUUUAUAUGCUAAAAAUAAGCAAAUGUGUGAGUUCUGGAUCCGAGGUACUGGGCACGGAGAAUUAGAGAGUCCGCGUCAUUCUUUGCCACCAAAUACAACAUGCUUGUAUCACUUGCAGGGAACCGAAUCAAUUUAUCGCCCGUACGAUCAAUUUCAUUCACCACGUCGAACUGGGAUUAUACUACCCCAAUUCUUAAGAUUCAAAGUGUGGAUAUCCGUUUUAAAAUUUAAUCUAUCUCCAAAAUAUACGAGUGUCGUCGAUAGUCCUAAUGAAUCCAAUAACGUAGCAUUGCUCGCAAACAACGUGGAUAGUGGUGAAACUGCAAAUGUUUUGAUAUCCAGUUCAAAGGGUGGAGGGUCUGGAUAUCAUUAUCCAAAUGAAGAGUGCAACGGAAUGCUGAGAAUUUGGGACGGGCCGUUACGAGAAGUUCCAGUUUGUAACGAUUUAAAUUGUGAACGCGAUAGCAGAACGAUGACAAAAUAUGGUCAAAACUUGACCAGUGUUAUUGCACGGUAUUGUUAUAAUCGCAUACCAAAAAGUUGUGACCAUGGAGUUUUAAACGAGUCAUUAUCACGUCCAUGCACUGUUUUAGAAAGCUAUGUAUCAAGCAGUGACUAUGUAACAUUCGAGCUGCGAAACAUUGAGAGCACGGUCUUGCAACCGGUAAAGUUUAAAUUACGAUAUGAGUUUGUUGAUUAUCAACAAGAUGGAGCACCAAUUUAUUCUGAGCACGAGUGCCAAAGGAAAUUUAUCAGUUCUGAAUUAGAAAGGCGCGACAUGGGCAAAUUUCGAAGUGUUCGGAAUAUUUUCCUAUUUGGAAGGGGUGGCGCUAGCGACUUAAAUUGCGUGUAUCGUUUCGAAUCAGAACGUGAUGAACGAAUCCGUAUUACAAUAAAGAGAGUUGUUACAUCAAAUCGUCAAUGCUUAUCUCGUGUCGACCCCGAUACAAAACGUUCGUAUUGUUUUGGUGAUCAACGGGCAAAACUGCAGAUCAUGGAACAACCAACUGGCAGUGGUGAGGCAUUUUAUCAACGAGGAUGUGCCUGCAAUUCUUCCAAUACGUCCGAUCUUCCAAUAGUUUACACCUCAUCAAGUCGAGCACUUGAAGUCCGUUUUACUGCCUUCAAUAUGACAGCGCACGAUGAUCCCGAUAAUUUACACUUUGAGGCCACAUAUGAGUUUAUUAAAUUACCGUUAUUGUGCAAAGAAGUUAAGAGAUUAUCUGGACCAAGUGGCAUUAUCAAUUUGGCUGAUGAAAACAAGGAAUGUCGAACUCGACAAUGGAUCAUCGAACCAUCGGAAGAUCGAUACUUGUAUGUUCGCAUGAAUGGCGCUUACUUAAGAAAACAUAUUCCCAUAAAAUCACACUUAAUAUCCGAAUCUGGCUUAAAAUCUUCGUAUGCUACUCACUGUUCAACGAAAGCUCGAUUUGUUUUCACAAAUGGUGAAGGUUUAUCGAUUACAGCAUGUCCGUUUAACGAAAAUGCAGUAGAAAACAGUUUUGUGGAGAUGUUUAGUUCUGGCUGGGAUAGUUACAAUGAUUUCAAAGAUGUGCAUCCGAUUCGCUCAAUUUCAAUUGAAUACAUAGACCCCGAUGAUCAAGACUAUCAAUUUACUUGGUUUGAAAUGGUACCACGUAUUUCACUUGGACUUGUUGCUGAAAAUUGCGCUUUCAUCUGUCCGGAACUGGAUGCAUGCGUAAAUUCCAGUGUAUGGUGUGACGGUAUUAACCAUUGCCCAUCAGGCUACGAUGAAUCGUUCCGACACUGUUCCGCAUUGCUGAAACUUCCUGCCGAAAUAUUGGCUGGAUUAUUGGUGUCAAUCAUUUUGACAAUUUGCCUAUUUAGUGCAUAUUUAUAUCGCAAAAUCAAACGUAGUUUCCGAGGAUCAUCAAUACUCCAAACACGUUUAAAAUCACUUAGCUCCAUGGAUACUGCCACUUUUGAUGAUAAAGAUGUGAUUUGCUGACAAAACGACAAUUCUGUGCGAUACGUUGAAGUUGACCGAGUUACUACAGUGUGACAACCUUCAAAUUUUUCGUCGUACAGAAUUGUCAUUCGUUUCAAUUAAAAUCGGAAAAAUCACUAGACAAACGAACUUGCUCUCUAUCUAGGGAGAAUAUAUUUUACAUCAACCAUUUUUUAACAUCAAACAAAAUAAUACUGUCCAAGAACGGAAAAAAUGUUUUCGUUAACAUUCUCUUGUUGAGUGGAAGUGCUGAACUAUACCAGUUAACACUUUAUGGAAAGGAAAUUUAUCACAAAAAUAAGACAACAUCUUUGAAUAGUUACUUUAUUACAUUAUUGAAGCUAUGUUUUAGUUCAAAUCUGUUUGAAAUCAAGCAAAAACACUUCAAUCUUUCGGUUCGAAUAGAAAAGGUCCAAAAUGUCUUUGUUGAUGUCACAAAUGUUAUUUUAAUGUUUUCCAAUCAAGAAUGUAGUAGAAGAAUUUAGAAAUGCUAAAAACGAUAGCAUGUUUUAAAAAUAAAUCAGCACUUCAAGAGAAUAUUGACAAAAAGGAUUAGACCGGCGAUUAUCGUUAAAUAAUAUUUCAAGUACUGUGUGACUUAAUGUAAAUCCAAUGGGACUUUUAACGGUUUAAAUUUGAGAGUCUCGGAGCAUCAAUUCAUAUUUUCGUAUUAACAAUAAUACAAAUAAUGAAACAAAGGGGUAAACCAAUUCAUUAAUAUUUUAAAUUAUCUUUGGCUGUCGUAAUAUAUUACUCUUAAUUUCAACCUUUAGCCAAAUUUUAUGUUAUAGUUGACUUCCGGAUGAUGAUUUACAUGGUCAACUAUGAAAAUUCGGUAUACCUCCCAAUAAAAAUUAUAUGAUCUGGAACAAUAUUUGAAUGUUAUAGAAUAAAAACUACUUAUGGUUUUACUGGAUUAAUACGGAACGUAUACAAAUUAAUUAUGUUUCGCUUUGUUCUGACAACGUUUCAAGCGAUACGAUUUCGUCGAGUAGAAAAAUGUCGUUUCGCUGUGUUAUGCGAUGUGCUUCAGCAAAAAUAGUAGCAUAAGUCAUAUACAGCAUAAUUAAAUAAGCUUUUGGUGCCACUAUAGUGUGGCAUUGGAACCUUAUAUAAUCUAUUUUGCUGUAGAAAAAAUCACUCUAUGACAAAAUAAUCCCAUAUUAUCUGAAAUAUAGAAACAAUUAAGUUUGCAUAUAUUGAUAUAUAUUAUAGAGCCGUAUUCACACCAAAUGUCAGACAAGUGUUCAAGUAAUACAAUAUUUUUGCCGCAAUUCGGUCUUUAAUAAGCGUAAUAGCGAAAAUACAUAUUAAUACGCUCUGAGGCUACUCAAGCAAUAAAGCAACCUGAAGGAUGAUUAAAAUUGCAUAAAACAUUCAAAAAUGUCUAUCUUUUUUGUUUGGUGCAAUUAUCUUUACUUAAAAUCGAUAAUCGAUCAAGAAAAAUUUACAAUCACGUUCUAGAGACUAAAAA